UCCAGCAAGGGUAGUUAUAGUACACACGAAAGAGAUGCGCCAGACGCAUCAUAUCUCCACCAACAAAGGACAAUUGAAAAACAGUCCUGUUUCGUUCAAGAAAUGGACCCUGUACUAUAGAUUCUAGAAUAUUAUAAAUUCGUCGGAUAAUUCCAAAUCGUAUCGAAUAUUGUAUUUUCAGGAGAUAAUGAUUUCUAUUUGUCUUCCUAGUGUCGAGUUAUUUAACGUUCUGACUGCACUCUUCUGUCACCGUCUCCUUGCGCCUCACAUGAGCAAUGAAUCAGCGAUUUACUGGACCGCCGAUUUUCAACACAAUUUCAAAUUUUUAGCAACAGCAGCAAAUGAUGCUUUUGAGACAGGAUACCAACUUGUGCCCGAUAUUGACAAUGCAACAAACAUGCAGAUGGUGUGUUCCGGUUUGACAAGAGACGAUUGUCAGAGAUGGCUGGCUUGUUCUCGUGCAGGCAGCGAUUGCUGUAAAAGACAUUUAGCACGAAACAUGACGACCAGGGUAUCAGCAGCGCACUGCAAAGCGAUAUGGGAUGGAAUAUCAUGUUUUGACUCGACUCCUAAUGGAACUGCAGUAGAUCUAGAAUGUCCUUCAUACUACAUUCCCACGGAAGGAUCAGUCAAAACUACAAAAACAUGCCUACCCAGCGGAAACUGGCAUGUACCUAACGGCCGUAUCAUGGUCAACGACACUCUACAUACCUACACGAUCUGCAAAAAACAGAAGAAAAAGGUAAUUGGUGCUGAAACUAUGGAAAUACAAAGAUUGGUUGCUCUAGUAACAAACCUUAUAAGUCUGACAUUUCUUUUUCCAUCGCUAGCAGUCUUUAUUUUGUUCAGAUCCCCUGGUAAUUCCGAGACUGGUAGGAAAAUGCGGCGGAUGUUCUGGAUACACCAGCAUUUCUUGAUGUCGCUUAUCUUUGUCAGUAUAGUUACUCUGAUUAUGGACGAGUUUAUCGUCAGAGAACAUGUCAAUCAAAUACACAGACAAUCCAGCCUAAUAGAUAAUAACUCGCCACUCUGCAAGAUGAUAAUCCUUCUUCAGAAGUACUUGAGAUCCGCCACGUAUUUUUGGAUGUUUGUAGAGGGCCUGAAUAUACUGCUUCCACUGCUUCAAAGCUUCAAUACAGAAAUCAGGGCGAUCUGGCUGUCCAUGAUAGGAUGGGGAAUCCCGCUUAUUAUGGCUGCUGUAUAUGCAAGUUUAAGAAUGACAAUUGAACGCUUCAAUUUUAAGUGCUGGAUUUACAGUUUUCCCGAGAUUGAGUGGAUAAUAUUUGUCCCAAAUGUCAUCACAAUUUUAUUUAACACUGUUUUCCUGAUAGCUAUAGUUGGAAUGAUAGCCGUGAAAGAAAGGAGAAUGCAGUCAACUAGAUCCUGUGUACCAAAACCUUUACGCUGUCUUGUGUUCCUUAUUCCCUUGUUUGGAAUCCAUUAUAUCUUCGCCUGGGUUUCUUAUGCAUGGGACGCUGAUUGGCCUUUAGUUGUCUCUAGAGCAGAAGAGGGUCUUCAGGGUGUUCUUGUUUGCAUUUUGUGGGUAGCUUGCAGUAAUCAGGUUCAGAAACAUUUCAUGAAAGCUCUCCAAGGCAACUGUCCUCACUUUUUUGCGAGAUUUAGAGGACGCAAAUCCAGCACCUCUUCUAGCACGCACCUGACACAAGCUAUACACCAGGGGAAUGCCAUACCCAUUCCUUGCAAGGAUAUAAAAUCUCAGAAGAGGUCUCCGUCACACCCAACAGUGAAGAAUUGUCUUCUGUGAGCAUGCGACUCAUUGUCAUCAGUUAAGGAUCGCUAAAAUUGGGUAGAAUCUAAUUCUAACACUGAUGGAUCUCAUGCGAUAUGUAUUUGGUAUAAUCCGAUCUCAAUCUAUUUAAAUGAUGGUAAUAAGCUUUAUAAAAUUAUUAAAUAAAUUACGUUAUCAGUUGUUAGAUUUGUUAUAGUCUUUUUCAACAAAUAUUUAUGUUAUUGAUUAUGGAAUGGCUUAUACUAGUAAUUGUAAAUAGUGUACUUUGAAUGAAUAGUGCUUUGCUAGAUCUACUGAUAAGCUUCAGUAAUAGCAAGAUGUAUUUCAUGUUGUUUUUGUAGUUACGUGUACAUGCUUGUUUUACAUCCCUUAGAAUUUUUUUACUCAUACUGAGACGCCACCAACUGUAGGUGAAGCACCAAAAAAUUUCGACAUAUGCUUAGCAUUCAGGGCCGUAGCAGCGGGAGUUCCUGGACGUGUCAUUGAACGCCUACCGCGACACUGAACUUCCGUUUUUAAGGUCAGAAUUGGAAAGACCCGUGUUUCUCACUUAUAAAUGGCAAAGAUUUGUUGAAGGAACAAUUGUUUCUUAUGUUCGACACGGACAUGGCAUGAGUGGGGCUCGAACUCACGACCUUACUGUAACGAUUGAUUGAUUUGUAUAUUGCUUUAAUUAACGCCCCUUUCGAAAAUGUUUCACUCCUAUGGGGACGUUCCAUGUCACGAGUUACUAAAUAUGUAUUCAUCAGAAAACAACCUCUCAUUCCAUUAAUAUUCGAUUGCAGUACUAGAUAUUUAUUCAUACUAAAGAAUGGGAUAUAGAGAUGUAUAAAUAUCUCUUUCGCUUCGUUCUAUUCGCUUUUUAAAUAUACAUGAUUAGUUGAGAUAAAUUCUUCUUGUCGUACGGGAUGUUUGUUUGUGUUUUUUUUUUUUUUUUACGUCCAUUCGAAAAUGUUUCACUCAUAUUGAGACGUUACCAGCUGUAGGUGAAGUACCACAAGUUAAAACCCAUGUUUAGAGCAACGGGGUUUCUUGAACAUACCAACGCCUGCCGUGACAGGAAACCGUCGUCUGAAAGGUCAUAUCCAAUAGACUUGUGAUUCUCACUUCUAAAUACCGAACAUUUGACAAAGGAGUAAUCAAUGCCUAUCCUAAAAUCGUAGGUUUGAUGAGGUCAUAGCACAACCUCCUGAUUACGAAGCAGUUGCUCUACCACUGAGCUACCGCAACCGGUCAAUGAUGUGUUCACAUUGGACUUGAAUUAUUUCUAUGAUAUGUAUGUAUUGUUUUUGUUAAAAAAAUAUUGUAUUUUGUGUUCAGAUUUUGUUCUGUUCUGAAGGUCUAUCGAUGUCCAUUAUAGUAUUGAUUAACAUACAGUUAAGUUACAUAAGGUAGGGGAUUUUCAGACACUCUACAUGUUUUUCUUCUUUUGAAUGUUCAUAGAUACUAUAUACAUUUUAUUUACACCGUUUCUUUUUUCAGGGGGAUGAAACAUUACAUAUCUGAAAAUAAACAUUUCCGAUAUAUAUAUAUAUAUAUAUAUAUAUAUAUAUAUAUAUAUAUAUAUAUAUAUAUAUAUAUUGGAAAUCAGAAUGACACAUUCCAUAAAUAACAAUCAUUUACUGCUAGCGCUUUCUUCAUGUCUACUUGGUUCAUCAGGCAGUUUAAAUAUGUAUACAAAAAUUGUUUAGCAACGUCUUUGUUAUGACGUUAAGUAAACGAGUCCUUUAUGACGUCAUAAUAACGUUAACCGGUAGCGUUUGGUAAUUGUCUAUAAUUCCCAUAUAUUUUGUAAAAAUAUUAUGCUAAAUACGGAACUUUCGGGAUGUGCCGGAACGACCGAUUAGACUUGACGUUUAUACAACGCGGUCACGUGAUAGUAAGCAAUUGUAGGGCAAAGUUGACAUCGUUACAACUGGUGUUUCGCUAGCAGACGGUCCGUAAAGAGUUAUGCGCAGUCCCACAAUGACAAUUCAAUUCACUAUUGGUGCUUAGUACCUGGGUGUAAAUUAGAUGGAAGGAAAAAGGCGCAUUUAGACGCGAAUCCUUGGAUGGAAGACGUGAUGUUUUACUGAUAUCCUCAAGAUAUUCACUAUAUUUGUUUUCCUCGCCAACUCACAUAAUUUAAUCAAAUGCAUUUUCUUAUAAAUGGUUGUAGUGAUUCCUUUCUUUAAAAAAUAGCAUUUUAAUACAGUAAUUUGAUAGCAAUUGAAGAAUUCCAUGCUUGUUUACUUAGUUGUUAUUGUAAUCCGGAAGUGACAUGCCCUACAAUUACGUUUGACUCGCGAUAAAAGUCAGAGUGGAUCCGUAUCUCGAAAGUCCCGUAUUGUAGUUCUAUUGUUCAAAAAAUUAUUUUCUAUCAAGGCUUGGAUUGAAAAGUUUAAUAAAAUAGUCCUCUUUGGCUUUGUGAGUUAUUUCAUUUUCAGUCCACAUUUUAAAGAACGGGAACACUUUAAAUUUACCACCCCGCAUUCCGCAAAAUGUUCACUACAUGGGGUGUUCCGCACACUAGGAUCUUUAAUUUGUUGUUUGUGCACCAAUUGAACUACAAUAUACAUAUUUGAACUGCUUGAUGAACCAUGUAGACAUGGAGAAAGCGCUAGUAGUAAAUGAUUGGUUUUUUUAUGGAAUGUGUCAUUCUGAUUUUCAAUAUUUAUUUACAACUGUGCCGAAUCAACUUCUAAUGUAUAUAUAUAUAUAUUUUUAUAUAUAUAUAUAUAUAUAUAUAUAUAUAUAUAUAUAUAUAUACAUGUAUGUAUAUAUAUUUGUGUUUUCUGCUUACUGUUAUUGCUAAACUGUUAGUUUUAAAGUCAGAAGAUAUAUAUAUAUUUGUUUCUUUUGUAAACACGAUUGAAUCUAUUUGAUAUAUAUUUUUAUAGUCGUUUUAUUGUUAAUGUAUAUGUUUCACAAUAAAAAAGAAAGUAAAAUCAAAA